AGGGAAUGAGAGAGAGAGGAAUUGGGGGAGGGCAGAAAGAAGGAGGUGAUUGUUGGGGAGUCAGGAAAAAAACAUAUAAAGCGGGACAGACCAAGAGAGGGAACAAGUGGAAGAAAAGCAGACAGCCAGAGAGAGGACAUCCACUUUUUUAUAAAGAGAGAAGCAACAGAUGCCAUAAUGACUGCCAACAGGGACCUUCCUCUUCCCCUGGUGAUCAUUACCCUGGUCGUCCUCCGAGGCUCUGCUGCCUCCACUACAACAUCACAAGACUUGGGAAUGAACUCCAUGCAGCCUCUGGAACCACGUGGCUCAGCAGCUGAAUCCUCGGAUCUUCCUCCAGAUGACUAUUAUGACUAUUUGGAGACCACCACGCUACACAUGUCACACGAGCCAGUCACCGCGGUUGGCACAAACCGCAAACUGUGCGAGUACAACACCUGUCAGGAGAUGCAGACGCCCUGCGCCGUGCUGGCGGCCUCCACCGGCUGCCUCUGUCCCGGCGUCAGCUUGGACCCCGUGGCCCCAGAGGCUCCUUUCCUCAAGAAAGUGUCCUGGGAGGGGUCACAGGUGGUGGUUCGGUGGUGUGCACCUCAUUCGAAUGUAACAUCUUACAGAGUGACAGUAGGGGGAAAGGACCGGCAUGAGUUUGGGGAGAACAAGAGGAGCGGCCCUGUGGGCGCCAUAGACCACGCCACACAGGUUUGUGUGGUGGCAGUGAACAGUGCUGGGGUCAGCAAACCAUCCUGCAUGAUGUACCAACCUACAGACAACAGUGUGUCUCUUAAAGCAGGACUCAUCGGAGGAGCUCUGGGCUUUCUCCUGCUCUUCUCACUAGCCGUGUUGCUCUGGAGGCACAGGAAGCGAAGGAAAUCAGAAGCCAGGAUCUCCACACAGGACACAGCCGAGACGCAACAAAUGGAAAACAGAGGAGGAGCGGACACCGUGUGACGUAACACGCUCCCACCUGUGACUUCACAGCUGCAUUAUGACGCUCUUGAGGGCAAGGUGAACUUUCUUUAGAAGAGAGACACGCACAUUAUUCACAGAGAAGCCGUGAGCCACGCUAUAAGAUCUGAGAUCUUCCGGACGAGGAGGCUUUCUGAAAAUACAGGACGAGGAGGGACAUAAACGCGUCUGACUCAGUAAAGUUCAAUGCCAAGUUCCUCUUGAUGAUUUAACCUACACAGUUGAGGCCUAAGCUAUACAGCUUCAGCACAGCAGUUUGAGGCACUUCAGGGUGAAUCAACAAAGUGUAGGAAAUGCUGCAGUCGUUUAGUCACUUCAAACAGGAAUCCGUCAUGAGCUGUGUAGGCCAUAUGAUAUAUACAAAAAUGGCUAAAAAUACAGAAAUGGAUAAAAAUCAGAUGUACCUGUUAAUGCAAUGUAGGAUUAUUUUUUUCAACUCUAAUAAAAUAAUGAAAUGAUGAGCAUA